CGCCUCGACGGCCGCCGGCGUGCCGGCCACGCGGGUGCCGGGCAGCGCCGGAUCUACAGCGCACCGAGCACGGGAAGCAGUCCGCUGCUGCAUCAGCAUCACGGAAGCACAGGAACUAGGCAAGGAUUGUUGAGACUUGAGAGUAGAAACAUGAAAAGGAUGAAACAGGGAGACAUUGCGUCUCUUUUUCGGAGACAUGAAGCAAAGAAAAAUGAUGCCGCUUCACCAAAUACUGCAGUUGUCUCAAUUUUAGCUCAAGAACAAGAAGACAUUGGAUUGCCUUCCUCACCUGCAGCUGCAGUCCCACCUGAAGAUGUCUCACCAGUGUUGCCACCAUCACCGCCUCAACCACCACCGGCCCCUGAAGAUGUCUCACCAGUGCUGCCACCAUCACCGCCUCGACUAGCGCCACCCCCACCGAUUUAUGAUCCUGAUUGCCUUCCACAAGAUCCAGCAAACAGGCUUCCGAUUUUAAGUUAUCCCACCAAUGAUCAAGAUGCAGUUCGAAGAGCAUAUAUUAUUAAAGGUCCAUUCAAACCUUUUGCCCAUCAAUUCAAAAAAAGGAAAAUUGGAACCAGAUAUAGGUCUUUCAAUCCUAUAUGGUUACAUCACUAUCACUGGCUUGAAUAUAGUAUCAAGAAUACUGCUGCAUUUUGCUUUGUAUGCUACCUGUUCAAGAACAAAAAAGGCAAGGGGAAGGGAACUGAAACAUUUACUAUUGGUGGAUGGAGAAAUUGGAACAGAGAGGAUGCACUUGUUAAACAUGUGGGUGGUGUAGACAGCAUACACAAUGCAGCCCAAGAAAGAUACAACUUAUACAUGACUCCUAAUGCAAAAAUUGAUAACGUAAUGGAGACGGUGACUAGUCUGUAUCCAACAAUCCGUGAUGUACUCAUAAGUCUUGGGGAAGAUAAUUCACAGAGGGGUGAUUGGCCGAAAAUACACAUUAUGGUUGGGGUGUUGGAGUCAUUUGACUUUGUCUUUAGUGCACACUUGAUGUUUACAAUUCUUGGAUACACAAAUGAGUUGUCAGAGUGUUUGCAAAGAAGAGACCAAGAUAUUCUCAAUGCAAUUUCACUUGUCACUGUGGCAAAGAAUAGAAUGCAGCAAUUGAGGGCUGAUGGGUGGACUGCAUUCCUCCAAAAAGUCACUUUGUUUUGCAAUAAAUUUGGCAUCCAUGUUCCUGCAAUGGAGGAUGUAUAUGUUCCUUAUGGAAGAUCAAGACGGUUUGUUCCAAACCAAACAAAUGAUGAUCAUUUUAGAAGAGAAGUAUAUAUUGGUGUUAUUGAUCAAAUUAGUCAAGAGCUUGAUACUCGAUUUGAUGAGGUUAAUAUGGAGUUGCUUUCUUGUAUGGCAGCAUUGAAUCCUUCCAACUUAUUUGCUUCAUUUGAUUCCAAUAAGCUACUUAGGCUUGCUGAAUUUUACCCUGAUGAUAUUCCAAGCAAUGCCUUUCAAAGACUUGAAAUGCAACUUGAUAACUAUAUUGAUGACUUGAGAAAAGAUGAUAGCUUCAAAGACCUAAAUAAUCUUGUUGACCUCUCGGUUAAGCUUGUAGAAACACAAAGGGACAAAGUUUAUGAUUUGGUAUAUUUGCUUCUCAAGUUGGUAUUGAUUCUACCGGUGGCAACGGCAAGUGUUGAAAGAGCAUUUUCAGCAAUGAACUCAGUGAAGAACAAGUCAAGAAAUAGACUGAGUGAUAGUGUUUUGGAUGCUAUCCUAUGCACCUAUAUUGAGCGAGAAGUUUUCUUGAAAGUGAAUGAAGAUGAUGUAUUGGAGACUUUUAUGGCCAUAAGAAAGCGUAGACCCGACAAGAAAUAGUAUUGUAACCUUAUUUGAAUUAUUAUUAUAAGCAUGUAGGUUUCAUUUGAUGCAAGUUUCAUACUUAAUUCUAAGUUUGAAGUCGUUUGUAAGACAUUUUACUAAGCUACUGUGGUAUCUAAAAUUUUUUUGUCUUA